CAUAAAAGUAGCAGAACCGGAAAUCAUGAAUUCGAGUUUGCAACGCAAAGAAAAGUUCCCUGAAGACAGAAACCAUAACCUUUACUAAGUUUUCAGACCUCGUUGAUCAUCUUUAAUAACUUGCGGUUCAUUAUGGAUGAACUAUCUUCCUCCGCUUCGUGGAAGUGGUUCGUUGCUUUGCUCAAACUCAGUGGCUAGUUUAAGCAUUGGAUGAACCAGGUUGGCUAACUUUUCGUCAGCUGACUGGCGCGAGCUAAUUUUGACAGCCCUUGUCAGCAAAACGUUUAAUAUGCUCGGAUUCCGCUCUGUGGUCAGCUUCAACCAGGUCGUGGGUGCAGCCAGACUGGUUGCUCGUCGGCGUUGACUCGUCCAGGCGGUUUUAUGAUAGACUUCGCUUUGCAAUGCUCCUGCGGCUGCUUUUACCUGUCAACUAGCUGGCUCCUGUCUUCCUGUCCCCGGUCCGUUGUUGUCCAAUGGCCCACUGCGGCUCGUCCGAGUCGACUGCAAAGGUACCGGCGCCGCGCCCGGACAGCAUCCUGCCCACAACGGACGGCGUGGAUCCGAGCAUGAAGCCGGUGCUGUUUGAGAUCUUUGGGGAGAUUUGGACCGUCCAGUCCCAGCUCGGUCAGGGAGUCUCGGCCUCUGUGUACCGGGUCAGCUCCGGCAGAGUCACAACCGCCGCGGUCAAGGAGUUUCAGGCCGACACUCAGGGAGGAGAUUACGGGUUUCACAAGGAGAGGUCCGUACUGGAAGACAUUCAGGGACAUAAAAACAUAGUGACACUAUACGGGGUGUUCACCAACCACGGCUGCAUGGGGGUCGCCACGCGCUGCCUUCUGCUGGAGCUCUUGGAUGUCAGCGUGUCUGAGCUGUUGGUGAGAUGCAACAGUGGUACCCAGGCUGGGAGACCCCAGCAGGGUCACUCCAUGUGGCUCGUCCAACACUGUGCCAGAGACAUCCUGGAGGCUCUCGCCUUUCUCCACAAGAAAGGCUACGUCCACGCUGACCUGAAGCCACGCAACAUCCUCUGGAGUGCCGACGAUGAGUGCUUCAAGCUCAUUGACUUCGGCCUCAGCUUCAAACAGGGGAACCAGGAUGUGAAGUACAUCCAGACAGAUGGGUAUCGGGCUCCAGAAGCAGAGCUUCAGAACAGCCUGGCCCAGGCCGGGGUGGAGGGAGACUCGGGCUGCACCGCUGCCGUGGACCUGUGGAGCCUGGGCGUCGUCCUGCUGGAGAUGUUCUCAGGAAUCAAACUCAAAGACACCGUCCGAUCACAGGAGUGGAAGGAAAACUGUGCUGCCAUUGUAGAUCACAUCUUUGCCAGCAGCAGUGUGGCGUAUCCUGCCAUCCCAGUUUAUCACCUCAGAGACCUUAUCAAGAGCAUGCUUCUGAAUGACCCCCGACAAAGAUGCACAGCUCAAACUGCCCUCCUGAGCCCCUUCUUCAGUAUUCCCUUUGCGCCUCACAUUGAAGAUCUGGUUCUGCUGCCUUCCCCUGUUCUGCGGCUGCUCAACUUGAUUGACGACAGCCACCUGCACAAUGAGGACGAGUACGAAGACAUCCUGGAAGACAUGAAAGAGGAGUGCCAGAAACACGGCUCAGUGGUUUCUCUGUUCAUCCCGAAGGAGAAUCCUGGAAAAGGACAGGUAUUCGUGGAAUACACCAACUCCAGCGACUCCAAAGAGGCUCAGCGGCUGCUAACUGGCCGCACCUUUGAUGGGAAGUUUGUUGUUGCCACCUUCUACCCUCUGAGCGCCUAUAAGAAAGGUUACCUGUACCAGACUGUACAGUGAAGCUCAGGAGAGGUCUUUUUCCGUUCAAACGUCUGACCCUCAGUCUUUAGUGGUUUCUUUUUAGGCUGAUACAAACCAGUGUAGUUAAAGGUUCUGCAUGUUGCCCUUGUCUUUUUUUCCACAGUUCAUCUAUUUCAUGGGGAAAAUGUCAGCAGGGUGGAGCUUCUGCCUCCAGUCUGUGGACUGAUCAGCCUGCAUCCAUCCAGUGCUUUACGAUCAGUGUGUCUGACUCCAAAGUGUCUGACCUGAUGGUCUCCUCUUUUAAAGCAUGCAUCCAUAAUUCCCGGUCAAACACUUAAUCCCACCAGCUGUGUCAGGGAUGUGAUCAGAAUAAUGUUGCAUGCAAGUCUGGAGGUUUGUCUGAAAUCUAAACUCCCUGUAUGUCUCAUCCCUGCUGACUGAAGACCUCCUGUGAGCAUAAAAAGUGUUUUAUUGAUUAUCAUGUUGUUAUUGCCGAUUUAUAUGGAUGAUGUCAAGCAUUUUGAGGAAGUGGCAUGGUGCCUCUGGAUGUUUUCAGCAGGACAGGUUUUGGAAUUAACCACUCACUUGUGUUUUGCCAUCAUCUGAACAUUCAAGGGCUCCCAUUUCUUUUCCCGUAGCAUUACGCUUUGUAGCCUUUUUAUUUCUGGAUUUUUCUUCUCGUGCUUCCAUUCAUGAAGACGUGCACAGAAACGGCACAUGAACAAGUCAAAGCUUCAGAGCACAUCCUGACGAUGAUCAAAGAUGCAUUAAAACGACGUUCCUGCUGUUGGGAAAAAAGUAAAAGAACCAACAUCCCUAUCAAAGGUAGAAAAUGUCCCGUACUCUGAUCUGGGGUGGGCUUGUUGCCCGUUUACCUCCAGGUUGUUGGGACUGGGGUUAAAGUGUCCAGAUGCAGAUUUUCAGCCGUCGCUCUACCGCUGAGAGAAGGGCAAUAUUUUUAUAACCUGUUUAAAAUCCUCCACAUUGUUGCUUUAAAGGCUUCAUGCUAAAUCCAGACUUCUAGAUUCUUCUAACUGCAGAAAAAGUGAGCUGUUCUACGAUCUUCCCUGGGGUUUGGAUGGGUUUUUGGUAGGUUGAUGACCAGGCUGCCGGUCCAGUAUCGUGGCUCUACUGUUCGGUGGAGAUACAGCCACCUGGGUGACUGUGUUUGGACACAAGCUGCCUUCAGAACAGGGUGUUGCAUUUAGGACAUGUUACUGAAUGUUUAUCCUUGAAAAGAGGAUUUUUGUGGACGUUUCUCAUGUUGGUUUUGACUUUGUUGCACUUUCGUGUGACAGAUUAUUUCUACACAAGUGCCCUCAGACAUUCAGUAGCUAGCCAGCUAACCAAAAUGCUGCUAUAACAAGAGGUUGUGCUACAACUAAAUGCGUUGACAGCAAAAAUCUACAGAUUUAAUGCAAGGUGGAGCAGAGACAGAACUCUUUAUGUUCUAGUGGAGAUUUGGAUAGCUUUAACUACAAGAUCUGCCUUGGCAGAUGGGAGGGCUCUCAUUAUUUCUUAUGCAUCCAAAGUCAAGGCUGAAGCCUUUAAAACAAGCUUCCAUCAGAUUUAUUCUCACUAAAAAAUGCACCAUCAAUAACUAUUUUUUUUACAUAAAGCUGCGUAUUACACGUUUAGUUUUGUUGGUCUGUCUGUCAAAUAGAUUUAAAAAAGUUCUGGAUCAACGUGUGAAAUCUUUAGAUGAACACUUUCCAGUUAAGUUUGUCCGUCUGGAUCUAAACACGUUUGUUGAGUUGCUGCAGUGUCUUUUACCAACGUUGGUAUUCGCUCCAGUAAACUUUGAAGUGUUGCAAGGCUAAACCAGGGAUACCCAAGUCCAGUCCUCAAGAUCUACUAUCCUGCUGUUUUUAUCCUGCAGGAACUCCAGCACACCUGAAUCAAACAGCUGACCUCCCUCAUCCACAUGUCAUUCAGCUACGCAGAGGGCAACGAGCCAGUCAUUUGAUUCAGGCUGUUGGAAAAGGGUUGCAUCUAAAAGUUGCAGGAUAGCAGAUCUUGAGGACCGGACUUGGGCAGCCCUGGGCCAAACCAUGUGUUUCGCAAUGCUAAAUGCUAACCACUAGCUUAACAUUUAAUGCUGCUGACCAUUUAGCUUAAACAAAAAGAUUAAUCAUUAAAAGACAAAAGAUUUGCUUCAGAUUUUCCAGCCAACACGAGGUGCUACUAGCUUAGCUGCUUGUUGCCGUGUGACGCUGUAGGUUUUAUAACCUCAACCCAACAACAAAGGUGUGUUUUAAUGCUCAUGAUAUCAGCUUUUCAUUUGGUGGUACUUUUGAGUUGAUGCAGAGCAUAAAUACAGCACUGUUGUGAGUUCACCUUGUUCACUAAGGUUUGUUAUUACUGACAACUUUAGCAGGUGGAACAUGGAAACAUGCAUGAAAAGCACAGGGUUUUUAUCUGCUGUCUUUUUAAAUUUAUUAGAUGAGAACAUAUCUGAAGCGUGUGUACUAAAACAAAUCUUCCAAUUUCUGGAUAAAUUCUGUGCUUCUUGCCUGUAAAAAAAAAACAACAAAAAAACAAAACAAAAAUGUUCACCAGAGAAAUUCUGAAAGUCCAGAAUCAGAACAAAGUGAAGUAUUUUUCUACACACUGUAUUUCUAUGUACCUGAAAUGUGAAUUCCAGUUUCCACUUGAGAGAAAACUGGUCUAAAAUUCUGGAUGUGAAACUUGAAUUUGGCUCCAACACUUGACUGUUGUACGUCGGUGGUGUGAAGUCAGGAUUAUCUGUAGGUACAUAUAAUCGUCCCAACAUGAACAUUUUCAGUCUUAUCAGAAUAAACUGUCUAAAAUCAAAUAAAAAUGCUGUGGUCUUCCAAAAUGUUGAGUUAGACGAGUUGAGUGUUUGUUGCUCCAUCGUGGGGGUCAGUAUGCUCCACGUGAUUAAGAAGGUUUGUGCAUCAGGUGUGAAAAUGUGAUCGGUUGACGCAGCAGGUUUUACCGACUCAAAGUCCAGACAUUCCCUCAUUUUUUGGAGGAAAUGGAAAACUAAAAGCUUGUAGGAGGAAGUCAAAGCUUCCAAAGCACCACCCAGUGCACAGAUGAAAACACACCAAUAAAUGUAAAUAAAAGUAAAAAUAAGAAAAAAUGAAGCACAGAGUUGGGAUUAGACCAAUUUAUCCACAGCAAGGUCUUAAGGUUUACAUUUGUCAUGAUACAAAAUUAUUUAGCAGUUUCUGUACAUUUUUUAAUGAUUUCAAAGUAAAGUUUGUUUUCUUGUGGUCAAACAGCUCCACAGCUAUGCAACGAAUCUUUAUUAAACUUCAUUUUAAACCGCUCCGGGAUGAUGAGGGGUACUCCACUGUUUGCUGCUCUGUACGUCAUUUGAAUUGAAUUAUAAUCUACGAAAUGUCAAAACUGCAUUGUGUAACUGGAUUUGUUGGCUUUUUUUUUUUUGCAAUAAAAAGACUGAAUUUC